AGAGGAGAUUAACUCCAAGAUCAAGCUGCUAGGUGAACCUUUAAAGGACACUGGAUCUGUGAAAAUUCUCACUUGCUUAAUCAUCUUUAACAAUCUAAUUUAAAAUUGAGGAGAGAUCUUCUGACUGGUGGUGAGGUUAAAGCCUCAGUGAUUUGCCUUCUUUCUGUACAAGAAAUGAGAAAUAAAAGGCCACUCACUAGAUUUUAGUCUGAAAAGUAAACGGUUUAGCAAGAAUUUGGCUCAACAAAGUUUUAAAUGUGUAAAGGGGACAGUAUUUUUUUAAAGAUUUUUUAAAACAAAUGUUUGAAUGAGCCUUGAGAAUUUUGAAGUUUAUUAGACAGAGACUAGACCUCUGUGGGAACAUGGAUUGUUUAUUUUACAAGAACGUAAGACUGAGACCAGCCUGAUGGUGUUUUGGAACUAUGGUGACUGCACCGGGACUAAAUUCUUAAAAGGCUUCCAAAUAUCCCUGAAAGCAACAGUGAGGAACAGAGCACAUGUAUGCAUACAAAGGAAAAUAAAUAGGAUCUGAGUUCAAGAAGAUGGCAGAUCCUUUCAGGCAUAAGGAAGAUGUUUAUUACAGUGAAACUGAAAGCAGCUUCAAGAGAGCCAACAGCAUGUCCAGGCCAAGUGGAAAGUCCAUAUACCGUCAGCGGAAGGAAUACACGGAAGCUGUGAUUAAGCAGCAACAUGAAUUUCAGCACCGGGUGGAGCAUCUUCUCACUUGCUAUAUUGAUAGCAAAGAAAUUAGCAGCGCAGAGAACUGUAUUGACCGACUCAAGAUGAUGGAUGCACAAGGCCAGGUUUGGGGACAAGAUAUGUUUUUGCAAGUGACAUCUCAGAAGUUACUGCUGACAGACAUUGAGGCAGAGGAAGAACUGGACAGCUUCCCCUUGGAAUGGAUCCAGGACUGCACCUAUUUCCUUGAUAGGUGCAUCUACAACUCCAUCUUGGCCAUCACUGUGAAAGAACUGGACCUGCGCAGGACCAGUAUCCUGCUCUUUCAGUGUGAAGAGAUUGGAGCUGAGCUGUUGAAAACCAAACUGGAGAAGCUGAUUGAGGAUUGGAGGCAGAAUCAGGACAUGCACAGAAGCAACCUGGAGAAUGUGUUGCAUCAACGGAGCCAAGCAUCAUUUAAUGGCAAAGUUCCAGGGAUUCCCCAGGAAAAAAGAAAAGGAGGGCUGGACCAUCCUACUUCCCUAACAGAAGCACCUUUGCAGAGGCAGGAACUGCAUCCUUGGAAAACUAGCUCAUCCUUCAUGGACCCCAAUACUGAAGCCAAAGACCCACUUGGUCAACAGAAGCAAAAAGAUGGGCGAAUGUGGGAAGAUCCUGGGCCUCCUCAGGUGAUGCAGGGCAUUGAUGAAAAUACUGCACAGGAUAUCCUCAACCAUGUCUUGGAUGACAUUGAAAUCUUUGUAGGGAAGCUAGAGAAGGCAAGUGGCUCUCUGAAUAACAACAAGAAGAAAAAGUCAAAGAAGAAAAAUCAAGAGAACAAAGCACUGCCUCCAAAGCCUGAGUUUGAAGAGUGUUUCCAGAAGAUCAAGUAUAGCUUCAAUUUGCUAGCAAAGCUUGAACCAGUCAUAAACCAGCUAAGUGCUCCAGAACUGGCUCAUCUCAUCUUUUCAACUUUAUCAACUCAGAUUUUGUCCAAUUGUCCCUGGACCGAUCUGGCCUCUACAGUGGUCUCACCUUUGCUGAGUCCUGAAGGUAUUAACCUGCUCAGGCGCUCCUUGAAUUAUGAUGAGCAACUUAUUUGGAAAGAUUUGGGAGCUGCUUGGAAUCUAACAAGGGCAGAGUUUCCAGAGGGACAAUCCAUCCCUCCUUACAAGCCCACUUUUUCAGAUGGAUGGGAACCACCCAUGCCUACUUGGAGACAACAUUCCAUUGAUUUGGAUAAGACUCACAAUGGAAACAAGAAUGGCUUCUCAGACAGGGUGUCUGAUCCACCACAGCUCAUGCAAGCUAUGUAUGACUUCCACGCAAGAAACUCCAGGGAACUCUCUGUAAGCAAAGGAGAUCUAUUAGAGGUUUUAGACCAACGGAAAAAAUGGUGGCUUGCUAGAAAUUCUGCAGGGGAGGAGGGUUACAUUCCUAACAAUAUUCUGGAGCCUACAAAUCAGAAGGCACCCAGUGGAAAUUCCAAAGAGCAAGACUCAAGAAAUUUCCCUGAGCUCCAGCCAAGUUCCUCACCAGCAGAGGUCACUGUUUGGCUCAGGAGGAAAGGCUUCUCGAAGAUUACAGUUAAAUCCCUUGGCAUCCUUAAUGGGCAACAGCUUCUGUCAAUGAGCCAAGAAGAACUGAAAAUAGUCUGCCCAGAAGAAGGGAGACGAGUUUUCCUCAUGCUUUCAAGCAGUUAAAUCAACACUGGAGUAUGAUCCUCAGAAGUAAUCUUCAAGAGUAUUAAUCCACUAUAUAACUUACUUCCAAGAUAUCAUCUCUCCUACCAGUAAUGAUUUGUUUUCCCACCACUUCCUUGGAUGGUUAUUUUCAACUGGCAGUAGGACUACCAGGUGUGCCUUAUUGCAUACAGGAUGUCCCUUGUUUGAGAAUCAGAAAGUUUGUCUCUUAUAGGACUGGCAGACUAGGAAAGCCCUUUCCUUUUAUAUAGACUGAAUAAACAUGUCAAAAAUUUCCUGUAUUUUGGAGUAUGACUCCUUCAUAAAGACAGAAAUGUGUGCACCAUGUAAUUUAUAAAUGUUGACAAUAUGUUAAUUUUACAGAGAAGCACAUGGAUAAGUUAACUGAAAUCAAUACUUUCAUUUGGUGCUUAGGUAACAUGCAAACUUGUUACUAGCUGGAUCCUGACUGUCAAUCCUACAUGUCUCUAUGACAUGAAUUAAAUUUUGACCAUUCCUAAUUUGAAAACCUGGCAACAGUAGCUUGAAGAUAUAUGUACACAGAACUAUAGAACCUGAAAAAGCUAAUUUUUAAAUAACUGCUAGAAUUCCAGAGGCAGGGUAGGUAGUGGCCAUGUUGGCUGUAAGGAAGCCAUUAGUAGCAUUUCCAAGUACUACAUGUUCUUAAAGGGAAAUAAAAAGUAAAAGGUAAACAGAGGCAGCACACCAUAAAAUCCAAGUCCUACCAGUGUUAUUUCUAUCCAGAGUUCAAAUAAAUGUAAGAUGUAAUAGCAUUAUCCAUUUAUGAUAGCAGCAACUGAUUAAUCAAUUUUCCAAUAUUUACUGUAGUAACUUUAAACCCAUUAGUGGGGGAGCGACCUUUUUUCUUGAUCCCAAAGAAACAGAGCAAAAUAUUUUUACAUUCUAAUUCAGCAGUUUGAAAAAUUCUCAUUUGGUGUUAACUUGCAGGAAAAUGUUUACUUUGAGAUCAUUUGUUGGUCAGGAAGCUUUGUUUUUUUCAGUAGCUUCUAAAUAUCUGUUUUGUGUCCAAGCCUGGUAUCCAAUAAAUCUGUUCUGUUUCAAUGUU